AUGUUCACCAAGACCGCCUGCUCUCUCCUCGUCCUGGCCUCGGCCGCCCAGGGCUUCAAGUUCACCGGCCCCGAGGGUGACAGCCUCGACGUGACCAAAAACAUCACCAUCACCUGGAAGCAGGAGAACAAAACCACCGACAACUACGAGAUCGGCUACAAAAUCAACAUAUCCGCCGGGGAGUACAUUUGGUCGCCGAGCGAAAACACACGCAAGGAGCUGGCAAAGUACAAGGAUGCUCUCACCAAGAACAAGAUCUUCCGCUUCCAGGCCGAGCUCCAUGAUGGAGAUGAAAAGACCCAGGAUGAUGUUUUCAGCAGCAACUACACUCUCACUGGAGUGGAAGAGGCGGAGGCUAAUGCCGGAUCGGAGGUGAUGCCUACUUGGGGAUUGGUUGCUGGUGGACUUGCGGCGGCUGGAUUGAUGAUGGCAUAA